AUGGCAGACAAAGCUAGCUAUUUCACACAGCUCUAUGCUUUGAGUAAUUCGGAUUCAGAUGAAGGAGAGCUCAAUGAAUCGCGAGAAUUUUUGAAAAAAUGCAAUACUCCCAUUUUGGAUCCUCCAUCACAAAGGAAGCGGAGUUUGCUACCUCCCUUACCGAAGGAUCCAAAUCUACUACCACCUCGAAAGCUACAUAAACCGCUCUUAAAAAAUGUUCCAACAUUACAACGAAGUCAUUCGGAGCCAAAGGGGAGUGUAAGUACGGUUAAGGAUACGGCUGAUGGUACGACGGAGAAGCUUUUUGAGUCACCUCGUAGAAGGUCUGGCCUUCGAAGCGAAUCGCGUGCUACGGUUUCUACAGGUAGUUCUUUUGAAAAGGAAACUUCGUCGUCUUUAAGAAGUGCAGAUGGCUCAGUAAAAAGACCAACUAAAGAUCAACGCAGCAUAUCAAAUCCAACAUCAGCUACCUUGGUUCUUACCAAUAGUACAGGAAUCGCAUCAAUGCUUAGCAAAAAGAGAAAAGGAGAUGCCCAGGAAAACGGGGCCAACAAAAAACCCACCAAGAAGAAAGAGAAACCUCUAAAGUUUGUUCCCCCAAAGGAUCGGGUCUUCCAAGGUCUUAAUUUUUUCUUCCUUCCUAACGAUGAUAAAUCUCCAGUCAGGCGUUUUCGCAUCAUUAAAGCAAGAGAGCGCGGCGCAACAUGGGUUAGAGAUAUAAACGAGCCCAUCUCGCAUCUUAUCAUUGAUAACUCCUUGACGCGCAAGGAUGUUGUGACCUACCUUGGAGUUCUUCCGGAUAGAGCCAGUAUGGUAAAUGAGGAAUGGUUAUUAGAUUGCAUUGAACAGAAAUUUCUCUAUGAACCAACUGGGAAGAAAUAUCAGGUCAAAAAUUCAGAUGCAGUCAUCGAAAAGAAGCAGGUGCCGAUAUCAUCAACGUCACAGCAGUCACAUGAAUCUCUCCAAUUGGAACCUCGUAACAGGAAACCUAUAAGUGGGAAUCCAGAUCGUUUGACAGAAGAGAGCUCACAGCACCUUAAUCAAGUAUCUUCUCCCAACCCACAAUACGCAGACUUUGGUAUACUAAAUGAAGCAAUCGAAUUAGCCAUGGCAACCGAAGGUGUACUCGAUCAUGACAAUUCUGACGACGACCUAACAUCAAAUUUCAGUGAAUUUGAUGAUACCAUAGACGAAUCAGAUUCAGAAGAUGGUCGUCGUUCCCCUCUGAAAGCUCCCACCAAAACCCGUCGAACAGCCCCUGCAGGCAAAGGAAGUCUAAGUAACUUCCAAUGUAUGACUGGGGGAACCGCCUCCGACGAACCCAAUCCCAACGAUCACACAAUCCAAAUCUUGUCACGAAUGAAAGACUACUAUGAAAGAAUCGGCGAUCAAUGGCGUACCCGUUCCUACAUGCAAGCAUGCGGCCAACUCAAAAACCAACCCACCCUCAUCCGUACCUUCUCCGAGGCCAUCGUAAUCCCCAAAAUCGGCCAACGCAUCGCCAAAAAAAUCGAAGAAAUAGUCCUCACCGGUCAUCUCCGGCGUCUCGACCACGCAGAAGCAGAACCAGACGAUAAAAUCCUCAAACUCUUCAUGGGUAUCUAUGGAGUAAACUACAAGCUCGCAUCAAAAUGGAUUUCUCAAGGCCAUCGCUCAUUUGCCGAUCUCAAAAACAACAUCAAACUCACACCCAGUCAACAAAUCGGCAUCGAACACUACGAUGAUCUACAGCUCCGGAUUCCCCGCCACGAAAUCGAAGAACUGGGUAACUUCAUCAUCGAAACAUCUAAAACCCUCGAUCCCGAAAUCGAAAUCACAAUCGGCGGUUCCUAUCGUCGCGGCGCAAAAUCAUCCGGCGAUAUCGAUAUCAUCAUUUCCAAACCCCACACUACCAAAACAACACAACUAACACCCUUCCUCUCUUCUCUCGUGAAGUCUCUCACAGAUUCCCACUUUUUAACUGCGGCGCUCGCCGUACCGCAUAAUAACGAAGGCUCAAAAUGGCACGGAUGUUGUGUUCUCCUAUCUCCCUCUUCCUCUUCUCAACCCACCUCUCCCAACCCCUGGCGCCGCAUCGAUUUCCUCAUCGUUCCUGCGUCCGAAAUCGGCGCAGCACUCAUCUAUUUCACCGGUGACGAUAUUUUCAACCGAAGUAUGCGUUUACUCGCUGGGAAAAAAGGGAUGAGAUUAAAUCAGCGGGGCUUGUAUAGAGAUUUCAUGAGAGGCGGGAUGAAGGGAGGAAAGUGGGAGAGUAGGAAGAAAGUCACGGAUGGGACGUUGGUAGAGGGGAGAGAUGAGAGAGCGAUUUUUGAGGCGUUGGGGGUGCCGUGGAGGGAGCCGUGGAGAGAAUUUUGCAUUAGGGGCCUGGUAUGA